AGUAUUGAAGAAGUCCUAAAUCAUGCUGCUCUAUCUACCAGAUCUCUUCUUAAAAUGAAGGUAAUAUCUUUUAAUAUUCGUGGGCUCGGGAACAGUGUUAAGAGAAAGGAAUUGAGGAAGAUAGUCAGUGGUCAACAUGUGAAUUUCUUGAUGAUCCAAGAAACAAAACUCGAGACAGUUGAUGAGAAUCUGUGUAGAUCAAUUUGGGGGCAAGAGGGCUUUGAAUGGUAUGCGAAGAGUGUAGAUGGCAGAUCUGGUGGUCUUCUUUGUAUUUGGGAUUCUCACUUAUUUAAGAAAAUUGAUCUAUUUGAAGGAGACGGUUUCAUCAGUGUGGAGGGUCUGUGGGGGGCAAAUAAAACUAGUUGCUGCUUUUUAAAUGUUUAUGGCCCCUGCAAUGUUACGGGUCGUGCAAAGCUUUGGAAUGACAUUUCUGGCCAUAUUAGUUGUCGAACGUGCAUUUUCUGUAUUGGGGGAGACUUCAACUGUGUUAGAGGAGUGUAUGAAAGGAAAGGCAGAAUGAUUUCUCAUCCUGGAGACGAUUUCAUCAGUGUGGAGGGUCAGUGGGGGGCAAAUAAAACUAGUUGCUGCUUUUUAAAUGUUUAUGGCCCCUACAAUGUUACGGGUCGUGCAAAGCUUUGGAAUGACAUUUCUGGCCAUAUUAGUUGUCGAACGUGCAUUUUUUGUAUUGGGGGAGACUUCAACUGUGUUAGAGGAGUGUAUGAAAGGAAAGGCAGAAUGAUUUCUCAUCCUGGUACUGAUGAUUUUAACCAGUUUAUCGAUACAAAUGGUUUGGUUGAUUUGCCGUUAUCAAACAGGAAGUUCACUUGGUAUAAGAGUGAUGGGUCUGCCCAGAGUAGGCUUGAUAGAUUUCUUUUUUCUGAAAACUUUCAAGAGGCUUGGGGUGACUGUGUCCAAAUAGCUUUCAAGAGAAGCAUAAGUGAUCAUUGCCCUGUUAGUCUUACUUCAAGCAAUGCUAAUUGGGGGCCUAGACCAUUUAAGUCGAUUGACAAUUGGACUUCACAUCAUGAUUUUGGUAAAAUGAUACAGAGUUUGUGGAUCUCUUUCCAAGUUGAGGGAUAUUGGGGUUUCAAAUGUAAAGAAAAGCUAAAGGCUCUCCGAAUGCAUCUAAAGCAAUGGAACAAGGAUGUGUUUGGUAAUAUUGAUAGCCAACUAGAUGAAGCCUUAAAGAAUAUUGAGGCGAUUGACAUCAAAUGUGAAGGCCAGGAUAUUACAAAGGAUGAUAUGCUCAAAAGGAAGGAGGGAUUUGAAAACCUUUGGCAAUGUUUAAAGAAAAAAGAAAGUUUGUGGAGGCAAAAGUCUAGAGCUAGUUGGAUUAAAGAUGGGGAUGCAAACUCUCGUUUCUUUCAUAGAAUAACAAAUGGGAGAAGACAGAGAAAUAUGAUUCAUGGUGUUGAUGACAAAGGAACCUGGAUUGAUGAUCCUGAUCAGGUCAAGUUAAUCAUCUUGGACCACUUUAAAAAUCAAUUUUCCUCCCAACCUCAAAUCCGACCAUCCUUGGAGCAUAUGUUCUCUAACCGCUUAUCUAGAAAGGACAGAGAAAUGUUGGAGGCUGAGUUUACUAAUGAGGAAAUCAAAGAAGCAGUCUUCUCUUGUGCAAGUGACAAAGCCCCUGGACCUGAUGGUUUCGACUUCCACUUUAUAAAUUCUGUAUGGAGCACUAUUGAAGGAGAUAUCACUAACUUCAUCAAAGAAUUUCACAAGUAUGGAAGUCUUCCUUGGGGUUCGGAGACAAAUGGCGUGGGUGGAUUAAAGAGUGCUUAACUUCUGCAUUUGUUUCAAUUCUUGUUAAUGAGAGCCCCACGCAGGAAUUCAAAAUG